AUGUCGAUCGAUUUCCCCAAGGAAGAGGAAAACACCAUCGAAAGAUGGCGCGAGAUCAAGGCCUUUGAGACCCAGGUCGAGCUGUCCAAGGGCAACCCCCUCUACACCUUCUACGAUGGCCCUCCCUUCGCGACCGGCCUCCCCCACUACGGCCACUUGCUGGCCUCCACCAUUAAGGACAUCAUCCCCCGAUACUGGUCCAUGAAGGGCUUCCACGUCGAGCGCCGCUUCGGCUGGGACACCCACGGCCUGCCCAUCGAGCACGAGAUCGACAAGAAGCUGGGCAUCUCGGGCAAGGCCGCCGUCAUGGAGAUGGGCCUCGAAAAGUACAACGCCGAGUGCCGCUCCAUCGUCAUGAGGUACCGCGAGGAGUGGCGCCACACCAUCGAGCGUCUCGGCCGCUGGAUCGACUUUGACAACGACUACAAGACCAUGGACCCAACCUUCAUGGAGUCCGAGUGGUGGGUCUUCAAGCAGCUGUUCGACAAGGGCCAGGUCUACCGUGGCUACCGCGUCAUGCCCUACUCGACCGCCCUCACCACCGCCCUCUCCAACUUUGAGGCCAACCAGAACUACCAGGACGUCACCGAUCCCGCCGUCGUUGUCGCCUUCCCCCUUAUUGAGGACCCCAACACCUGCCUCCUUGCCUGGACCACUACGCCAUGGACCCUCCCCUCUCACACCGGCCUGGCCGCCCACCCCGACUUCGAAUACGUCAAGAUCGCCGACGAGAAGAGCGGAAGGAACUACAUCCUCCUCGAGAAGCUCCUGACGACCCUCUACAAGGACCCCAAGAAGGCCAAGUUCAAGGUGCUUGAGAAGAUCAAGGGCAAGGACAUGCUCGGCUGGAAGUACGAGCCCCCCUUCAACUACUUCUACGACGAGUACAAGGACGUCGCCUUCAAGGUCCUCAACGCUACCUACGUCACCGACGACAGCGGUACCGCCGGUAUCGUCACCGAGAAGCGCCCUCCUCCCGACCCUGUCAACGAGACUGGCCACUACAGCGACCGCAUCACCGACUUCGCCGGCAUGCACGUAAAGGAGGCCGACAAGCACAUCAUCAAGCACCUCAAGAACUCCGGAAAGCUCGUUGUUGAGUCCCAACUCAAGCAUUCUUACCCCAUGUGCUACCGUUCCGACAAGCCCCUCAUCUACAAGGCUGUUCCCUCGUGGUUCAUCCGCAUUCCCGAGAUCAUCCCCCAGAUGUACUGGGGUACUCCCAUCCCUCUGUGGAUGAGCGACGACGGUGAGGAGAUUGUCUGCAUUGGCAGCAUCGAGGAGCUCAAGGAGCUUUCCGGCUACGAGGGCGAGAUCAACGAUCUCCAUCGUGACAAGAUCGACCACAUCACCAUUCCCAGCAAGCAGGGCAAGGGUGUCCUCAAACGUGUCGAGGAGGUCUUUGACUGCUGGUUCGAGUCUGGUUCCAUGCCCUACGCUUCCCAGCACUACCCCUUCGAGAACGUCGAGAAGUUCGAAAAGUCCUUCCCCGGUGACUUCAUUGCCGAGGGUCUCGACCAGACCCGUGGUUGGUUCUACACCCUUCUUGUCUUGGGUACCCACCUCUUCGGUGUCUCUCCCUUCAAGAACUGCGUCGUCAACGGUAUCGUUCUUGCUGAGGAUGGCAAGAAGAUGUCCAAGCGUCUCAAGAACUACCCCGACCCUACCCUUGUCAUGACCAAGUACGGUUCUGAUGCCCUCCGUCUCUACCUCAUCAACUCCCCCGUUGUGCGUGCUGAGCCCCUCCGCUUCAAGGAGGCCGGUGUCAAGGAGGUCGUUGCCAAGGUUCUCCUUCCUCUGUGGAACUCGUACAAGUUCUUCGAGGGCCAGGUUGCUCUCCUCAAGAAGGUUGAGAACGUCGACUACAUGUUCGACCCCAAGAUGGAGUCUUCCAACGAGAACGUCAUGGACAAGUGGAUUCUUGCGUCGUGCCAGUCUCUGCUCGAGUUCGUCAACGAGGAGAUGAAGGGUUACCGCCUUUACACUGUCGUCCCCCGCCUCCUCGAGCUCAUCGACAACACCACCAACUGGUACAUCCGCUUCAACCGUAAGCGUCUCAAGGGCGAGAACGGUCUCAACGAUACCCUCCACGCUCUCAACACCCUCUUCGAGGUCCUCUUCACCCUCUGCCGUGGCCUCGCCCCCUUCACCCCCUUCCUCACCGAUACCAUCUACCUCAAGCUCCUCCCUCACAUCCCCAAGGAUCUCCAGGCAAAGGACCCCCGCUCCGUGCAUUUCCUUCCCUUCCCCGAGGUCCGCAAGGAGCUCUACAACCCCGACGUCGAGCGCCGCGUACAGCGCAUGCAAAAGGUCAUCGAGCUGGCCCGCUACUCGCGCGAGAAGCGCUCCGUCGGUCUCAAGCAGCCCCUCAAGACCCUCGUCGUCAUCCACCACGACGAGCAGUACCUGGCCGACAUCGAGUCGCUCAAGGGCUACAUCACCGAGGAGCUCAACGUGCGCGACCUCGUGCUCACCUCGGACGAAGCCAAGCACGGCGUGCAGUACUCUGUCUCCGCCGACUGGCCCGUUCUCGGCAAGAAGCUCAAGAAGGACAUGGGUCGCGUCAAGAAGGCUCUUCCCGCCGUCACUUCCGACGAAGUCCAGGGUUACGUCCAAACCGGCAAGCUCGUUGUCGACGGCAUCACCCUCGAGGCCGGCGACCUGGUCGUCAAGCGCGGUCUCAAGGAGGACGACUCGUCCAAGAACCUCGAGACCAACACCGAUAACGACGUGCUCACCAUCCUGGACGCGGAGAUCUACCCCGGCUUGGCCGAGGAGGGUCUCGCUCGCGAGAUUAUUAACCGUGUGCAGAGACUGCGCAAGAAGGCUGGUCUGCAGCCUACGGAUGAUAUCAAGAUGGAGUACAAGGUCACGGCUGAUCCCGAAGAGACGGGCAUUGAGAAGGUGUUUGAUACCCAGAUGGCCAUGAUUGAGAAGGCGCUCAGGAGGCCGUUGGAUAAACAUGAGGUUACGCAUAUUGAGGGUAAGAUUCCUGAAGGCAAAGAGGAGGGCAUCAUUAUGGAGGAGGAGCAGGAGGUUGGCAAGGCUACUUUCUUGUUGAGGUUGUUGAAGCUUUAG